UUGUUGAGGCCGUGGUGGGUGGGUGUUUAGCUGCGCUCCUUCGGAUUGGCUCCCUCGCUCCCAACACCAGUUUCUUCCUUGUCUGGCUGCCUGUAUCCAAGUAACGCACUCACCUGAUCAAACCCUCGCUCGCAUCUGCAUGGCAUCUCGAUAUACACGAUUCUGGUUUGGUUUAAGUGAAAACUUUGGAUGAAUUAUGGAUUACCCAGAUCUUAUCGUCAGGAUGAUGAAUUCUCCAAAGUUGUGAAUGGUUUUGCCUUGUGUUGGUGAGGAAGGUUAACGCCUCAGCAACUGCUGCAGAUUGUAAGAUACACUAUGAGAGGAAGAAAGAAGUGUACCAUGGAGGAACCGCUGACGAAAAGGAAGAAGAGGAAAUAAUAAUGAAACGAGUGAGAGGGACAGUUAAGAAAGUGGCAGUUUACAAUUUUAUGUAUAUAUAUAUACCCAAAGUUCCCUUGCAAGGAGCAGAAACAAUCGUUUAGUGGAAGUGGCAACUAAUAUAAACCUGUGUUGACUGUUUAAAAUUAAAAAAAUGUGGUUUAGAAUAGUGCGCGGAACUUAAUAAAAAAAGUUAGGCUUGAACUUUAAAAGGAAGUUAGGCCGGGGAGGGUAAUGCCUGGCUGGAAGCCUCGCACUAGGAAUGUUAACUCCACCAGAGAAACGAAUACAAGUGGCAGCUUUGACGUGCGAACAAGACAGAAUGAUAAAUGAAUUAAGGUUGCUGCAGGCCAUGACUGAGAUGGUUAAUGAGGCCAGCCAUGUGUACUAUGCCCGCUGCUAGGCUGGUUCAUGAGCGUGCUCUUGUGAUAGCAAUAUGGAACGACCGCUGCCGCGACAACGACUUAAAGACGACCCUAAUGACUUCGGCUGGGCGCCCAGGGCCAGCCAGCUUGCCUCUCAACCCACCUCCUUGUCGUCGCCUGCGAGACAGGAGGAGCGAGAGAGACGAAGACGGAGGAGGAGAAGCUCGGGUGAGCGUGAGAGGGAAACUUCAGGAAGGAGAGAUGGACGCUCCAAGAGCCGGGGAGAGCGUGUGGCCCUGCCUACUGACUACCGGGGAGCUUUAUCUAAGUUCUCUCCGCCCGUCCCUCACGCUCUACUCAAGAAAAUAGGAACGAAGGAGGUCCAGGGUCUUGGCAAGGUAUGUGAGGAGCAAUACUGCACAGUGUUAAGUUCAAUGUAAUAUCACUACUGUACA